UCUAAUCCAAUAAACCAAUAACAUUCCACCUCGUAAUUUAAAUAAAUAAUCUUGCCUUCUUUGCCCUAACAUCGAAUGUAUAAAAAAUAAGAUAGAGAUACCUCUCCCCCGUUCCAUUGAUGUCACUAACCCUAAUUAUACUUACACACCUACUUCUCUUGUGAUUCAUUUUACACAUUUAAUUCUGAAGGCCGUUUUCAUCUCUUUCUUAGCUUUUAUUUAGUUUUAAAUUCACUCCAAAAAAAAAAAAACACUGCACGGGAAUCUCUUGUUCGAGGAAUCCUUCACGCUUAGUAGCGAACAAGGACUUCAAAUUUGCUGCAUUUUUCAGAUUUCCAGAUUUAGAAACUUGGAAUUUUAAUUAUUUUUGGGUCUAACGGAGAUGGGAAAAUCUCCAGCAAAAUGGAUCAAGACCUUACUUCUUGGGAAGAAAUCUUCAAAGUCCAGUUUCUCAAAAGGAAAAGAGAAGCUGAAAUCUGCAAAUAAAGGUGAGGUUUUGGUUUCUUCCAAGGUGACUGUGUCUGACCUAUCAGUGGAUCCUCCAUCAAUUUCAGCACCUAUUCUAGUGAAUAGCGCUAGGAAUGUGGUGGACUCUGAGAAGGGUAUACCUGCCCAAUUGCCAAAUGAUGGGGCAAAUAUUCCAUCUCCAAAAGUGGAUGGAAAUGAUGCCACAACUGGUAAUUUUGGUAACCCAGAAAAUCCUGAUAGGAUUGGGCUUGACCCAGCUGCUGUGACGGUACAGGCUGCUUUCAGAGGUUAUCUGGCUCGCAGGGCAUUUCGAACCCUCAAGGGCAUUAUAAGGCUGCAAGCAGUUAUUCGUGGUCACUUGGUUAGAAGACAAGCUGUUGCUACUUUAUGCUGUACAUGGGGAAUUGUUAAGUUGCAAGCACUAGCUCGUGGUCAAAAGGUCAGAUGUUCAGAUAUUGCCAUGGAAAUACAAGAAAAACAUCUAAGACUGCUUCAGGGUUCUAAAAGCUCGGAUUCUAUUGGAGUGAGCACAUCUUCUAAGGUGAAGAAUUUAUCAAAUAAUGUGUUUGUUCAGAAGCUUUUGGCCUCAUCACCUUCUGUAUUACCUCUACAACUUCAAUAUGUUCCAGAGGAGCCUAACUCAUCCUGGCAGUGGCUUCUACGAUGGACAAUGUCACAUUUUUGGGUAUCCCCUUUAAAACCAGUUAGGAGUGGAAAGACAAAACGAAGUAUUCAGAAACUGUCCAAUGCAAAAGUUGUUAAUGGAUCUAGUCAUUCUACCUUGGAGCAUGAAAAAAACAAACGAGGUCUGAGGAGAGUUUCUGGCAACUCAGCAGCAGAUUCAGUUCGGAAGCAUCCACAAAAUGAGCUUGAGAGGGUUAAGCGCAGUUUACGAAAGCUUUCUGACUCUUCAAAGGAGGUUUCUGAUAAGUCUGAAGUUUUUAAUGAGAAAACAAAGAAGACUCUGAAAAAAACUUCUAAUUCUAAUGACCCUGAUUUUUCAGAACAGGAAUCCGCUGAGAAGAUAAGAGAUGUGACUGCAACACUAUCAGAACUGUCAAUUCUUGAGGCAGAUCUGAAAAUGUCCUUAGAAGAUCCUUCUCUUGGUGAGCCUAAUGUCUGUCCUGCAGUUGAUUUGUCACCUGCUGAAAACAAUCGUAAACUUGAGGUAAUAGAGGAGUUAAUCUCUAAAGACGAGCAGGUUGGUGAUGAGAGCUCAAACACAAGCCAAAGAAGAGCUUCUUUCCCUGCAAAAAUUGAUAAUCAGGCAAAUGGGUUAAAUCUCAUGCCAAAAGUGCCCAGUUAUAUGGCACCAACUGAAUCUGCAAAAGCUAGACUUAGGGGUCAAGGCUCCCCAAUGUUUACCCCGGAGGCUGUUGAUAAAAAUGGGUUAAACAGGCGAUAUUCUCUGCCAUCUUCAACCAAUAGUAAUACAAGUUCACAGUCCCCACAUGGUCAAAGACGGGUUCGAGUAGCUGGCAAAGGUGCUAACAUCAGUGACAAAUCUCAAUCAUCCUCUAAAGAUGCUAAUGAUAAGGUUGUCAGAGCUGAGUGGAGGAGGUAAUUCUUGCAUGGGGAAUUGUUUCGAUGAAGUUUCCAUGGAGUUUGUGCACGGAUGCUACUUAACAAAACUUCCCUUAUGUGUUGUAAACUUCUGAUGUUUGGUUGUAGAAGCAGGAGAGUGAAUCAUCUAAUCUUUUGUUGCUUGGUGUAUCUUUUUAAGUUUCCUUGGCACUUUCAGGUUUGUAGAUGGGUAAAUAUUUUUAGAUGUUACAGUUGGUUAUUUGGUUUAUUUGGUUCGUUUGUGUUUGUACGUAAAA